AUGCCCCAGGAGGCGGCUGUCCUUGGACCACAGGCUGCCGUGAUCUGGAACUCUCUGCAGGAGGCUCACCACGCACUGCGGGCUCCAGAAAACUCACUCCUCACUCUUAUUUCUCUCCACAGAGUGAAUGACUGUAUUUUGCGUGUAAACGACUCAGAUGUCUCGGAGGUGUCUCACAGUAAGGCGGUGGAGGCUCUGAAAGCGGCCGGAUCGAUUGUGAGGCUCUAUGUGCGCAGGAGAAGACCAAUGCUGGAAACCGUCACCGAAAUCAAACUCAUAAAAGGACCAAAAGGGCUCGGCUUCAGUAUUGCAGGUGGUGUGGGAAACCAGCACAUACCGGGUGAUAACAGCAUUUAUGUCACUAAAGUCAUUGAUGGGGGAGCUGCGCAGAAGGACGGACGGUUACAUGUUGGAGACAGACUGCUUAUGGUGAAUAACUACACUCUAGAAGAGGUGACCCAUGAAGAAGCAGUGGCCAUAUUGAAGAACACAUCAGAUGUGGUAUACCUAAAGGUUGGGAAACCCUCUAGUGUCUAUCUCUCAGACCCCUAUGGGCCGCCUGAUAUCACACACUCAUUCUCACCCGCUAUGGAAAAUCAUAUCUCUUCCCCCGGUAAUAAUGGCACUCUGGAAUAUAAGUCCAGUCUUCCGCCCAUCUCCCCCGGUCGAUAUUCCCCCCUGCCCAAGCACUUGUUGGUGGAAGAGGACAUUAACAGGUUGGAUGGUUUUUCCUUCCUACGGGAGCCCAGGAAGAUCGUUCUGCACAAGGGCUCGACUGGACUGGGCUUCAACAUCGUAGGAGGAGAAGAUGGAGAAGGCAUUUUCGUUUCUUUCAUACUUGCAGGAGGGCCCGCAGACCUCAGCGGAGAGCUGCGGAGAGGGGACCAGAUCCUAUCCGUAAGUGGACGUCCUCGUGCGUCAGUGGAGAUGCUGAGCCCUACGGACUCUGAGCUGAUGUAUUAUCUGAACUGUGUGUACAGGGAGCCCAGGAAGAUCGUUCUGCACAAGGGCUCGACUGGACUGGGCUUCAACAUCGUAGGAGGAGAAGAUGGAGAAGGCAUUUUCGUUUCUUUCAUACUUGCAGGAGGGCCCGCAGACCUCAGCGGAGAGCUGCGGAGAGGGGACCAGAUCCUAUCCGUUAAUGGAAUCGAUCUGCGAGGUGCCACUCAUGAACAAGCUGCAGCUGCGCUGAAAGGAGCGGGCCAGACGGUAACCAUCAUCGCCCAAUACCGGCCCGAGGAACUUGCCCUGUGCUCCCCACGCCGGGCCCCGCCUCCAACUGCAGGUUUGUGCCAUGUGAUCAGCACCUGGGUCAAGAACAGUACCACACAGACAGACUGCACAGAGCUAGACCACAAGUCCCAGCCAAUGAGAGCAGGUCUGGAGGAGAGCGUGUGUGUGAGAGAGAAGGGAGAGGAGGUGGUAGAGUGGCAGUCUUUGCUUGUGUGUAGGGAACGGUCAAUCUCUCACGCUGCUGCAGUCUGCGAGCAUCCUCAAGAGGCUCUGUUUGACUAUGAGAGGGCGAAGGAUAGUGGUCUGCCCAGUCAGGGGCUCAGUUUCCGAUAUGGAGACAUCCUCCAUGUCAUCAAUGCAUCUGAUGAUGAGUGGUGGCAGGCCAGGAGAGUGACGCCUGAAGGGGACAGUGAGGAGAUGGGCGUCAUACCCAGCAAGAGGAGUCGCUGCAGGGCUCUGUUUGACUAUGAGAGGGCGAAGGAUAGUGGUCUGCCCAGUCAGGGGCUCAGUUUCCGAUAUGGAGACAUCCUCCAUGUCAUCAAUGCAUCUGAUGAUGAGUGGUGGCAGGCCAGGAGAGUGACGCCUGAAGGGGACAGUGAGGAGAUGGGCGUCAUACCCAGCAAGAGGAGGGUGGAGAGAAAAGAGAGAGCUCGUCUGAAGACGGUUAAAUUCAAUGCAAAACCCGGUAGCCUCGAUUCUAAAGGGUCAUUCAGUGAAAAACGUAGAAAGAACUUCAUCUUUUCACGCAAGUUCCCUUUCUACAAGAACAAGGACGCCGACGAGCAAGACGGCAGUGACUCGGAACGGAGUCAAGAGGAGCUGAUCCUCUCGUAUGAGCCCGUCAUCAGACAAGAGAUUAAUUAUGCCAGACCGGUUAUAAUCUUGGGGCCUAUGAAGGACAGAAUCAACGAUGACCUCAUCUCCGAGUUCCCGGACAAGUUUGGGUCAUGUGUGCCACAUACUACAAGACCAAAGCGGGAUUAUGAAGUGGAUGGGAGAGAUUAUCACUUUGUGACCUCACGAGAGCAGAUGGAGAAAGACAUCCAAGAGCACAAGUUCAUCGAGGCUGGACAGUACAAUGACAAUCUGUAUGGAACCAGUGUCCAGUCUGUCAAAUACGUGGCUGAGAGGGGAAAACACUGCAUACUUGACGUGUCUGGGAAUGCUAUAAAACGACUACAAGUAGCACAACUCUACCCCAUUGCCAUCUUUAUAAAGCCUAGAUCCAUCGAGUCUUUAAUGGAGAUGAAUAAGAGGUUGACGGAGGAACAGGCCAAAAAGACGUACGACCGUGCCAUGAAACUGGAGCAGGAGUUUGGCGAGUACUUCACAGCGCUGGUUCAAGGGGACACACUUGAGGACAUUUAUAACCAGUGUAAGAUGGUGAUAGACGAACAGUCUGGACCUUACAUCUGGAUUCCCUCAAAAGAAAAACUAUAAAAAAUCACCUUACCUUGGCAGGGACCUUGGACUGGGAAAAAACACACAUAGGAAUAAUUUGUAAUAUAAUAUAAAUUAUUAUUAUGGCAAUGUUUAUUGUUAACUCUUACAGUGAUUUUUUUUUUCCGUUUGUUUGUUUGUUAAUUUUAUGUUGCAUUUUUCACUUUCAAUAUGAAUGUUCCUGAAUGUACACCACAAAGUGUUAGAAGCAUUUUUGGUCUCAACAAAAAAGUGGACUCUGUUUGUAUAUUUAUUGGUUAGCUUUUUAAUUUAAGGAAAGAAAGAAACAAAAUUUUGCGCCGAGUAUUCUUCUUCAAACAAUCUUCGGUUGGGAUUUUGAGCAGAAGGUCAAAGAAGUAGGUCAGAUCAUCACGGAUGAUUUCCACACACAUUUCUUCACUUUUCACCCAAUCAUUUGGUUUCACACACCUCCCAGACUCAUUUCACAAACUCAGCAUCUAUGCACUCCUGUGGCUAACAACACACACAUUGAUUGUGUUGCUUUUUGUUGUAUUUUUUUGUUAAUUUUGUUUUGUACAGGCAUCCAUUUUUUGGAAGAUUUAGUUCCAAUUGUACAUUAUUUCUAAUGGAUCCUUUCAGAAAAGAACCUUGUGAUUUUAAAAUGCUUUAGUGUAAAUGGAUAAGGGGAUUCGACUAGCUGUAGGAAAUAUGACACUAUAUUUUGCUAUUUAUAUUGAUAGAGGACACAACAGCACAGAAAAUAUUUAUAAAGAUUAUAUAUAAUGUUAUAAAUCAUUUUGGAAAAGAGAUUUUACUCUGGUACUGAUCUAUCAUAUUGCCGUCGCUGUUGUGUUGGUGAGAGUGAAAGGUAAUGAGUGCAUGUUUCCCUGGUCACCUUAUCCGUCCAGUUCCGGAAUCCCAGAGUUCUGAAAUCCUUGGAACUCAACUUUAAUUGGCUGAGGAUUCUACUGAAUGUGAAUUGAGUGCAUUUCAGCUUUGUUCAGAUAAUAGGAAGGAGCCUGAUGUUUGUGAAUCAUUGUUCUGCCUCCCUCAAGCACCCUCUAAAGUGUUUACAGUACCUCAACUACAGUUCAGAGAGAAAUGAGGGCAAAAGGGACAAGGUCUGCAAGCAGUCUGGUCUUAAAAGCUUUUAAGUAAAUGUAGUGUUUCAUUUAAGUUUAUUUUUUUCCAUUUUGGCAUGCUUUACACUUGUGAACAUGACCUUGGUUUCCUGUCCACACAUUCACGCUGCAUACUUAUGUCAUUGUGCCCUUUCCAUAUAUAAUUGAGAGAUAUUCCCGUCCUUCUACAUUAAUAGUAAAGCUCUUGCCAUUCGUGGAAACGUCAAAUGCCAAAAGCCAUUAACUUUUCUCACUCGUUUCAAAUGCGGGGGGGGGGGG